AUGGUCGGAGUACCUCACAGUAGCGGUUGUGCUACAUGUGUGAAGCGUCGCAUCAAAUGUGAUGAAAGACUCACUGGGUGCGCUAGAUGCGAGAAAUACGGGAAGCCAUGCCCAGGAUAUGAUAGGGGCUUCAAGUUCAUUGCUGGAAAGCCAUAUCGUACUCCAAGGCAAAAAUCAAAGACAGUCACUGGGUCACUCAGCGAACAGCAGUCUAAGACCGAGAGCCCAAAUGCAGGCAACCAUUCCCAAGACAGCCGCCAGGCAGUUGUCUUGAAAGAACAGCCGUGGUCUCUGGUAUACGGAGAUGUCAAUGUUAUGCGGAGCCUAGCAGCUCUCAUCAAUGAGUUCUCUCAGCCAGCUUCAGCCUCUCAGAAGCACCUCGUUUCCCAAUGGUUUAGUUUCCUACCUUCGGUCUACGGACAUAACCAGGCGCUGGAUGCUUCGAUCAAGUCAUUUACAGCACAUCAUUUUGGAAAGGUCUUUCAAAAUGAACAGAUGAUUGCAUAUGCUCGAUCUGCCUAUGGAGAGGCCCUAUUCAGACUCCGAAAGUCUUUGAAGGACCCCUCCGAAUGUCUCUCUUCACAUGUCUUCUACACCGUUGUACUACUGUGCAUGUACGAGCUGUUUACCGACACCGAGGACCCAGAGUCCUGGAUGAAGCAUGCAAAAGGACUUGGUCAGUUGGUCAGAACCAGAGGGCCUGAUCGUUACCGUAAUGAUUUGGACAUAACACUUCUGAAGGUUUCUCGAGGGCUUAUCGUCAUGCACUCAAUGUUUUCUGGUGAACCCUGCUUCCUAGCAACCGAGGAGUGGCAUCAGAUGAUGCGGCAACAACGUGCUCCUGGCAUCUCGCCCGAUCUUCACAAUUGUAUCGAGCAAUUCUUUGCUUACUUUACAUACGCCCCAAGCCUGGUACACAAGUUCUAUCAUCUCAAGGAAAUCGACAUUACCACUCCAGAAGCCCUACAGAUCAUAUCCGCCACCUUGGAACAGGCACUCGAUAUGCAGGGAAAAUUGACAUUGUGGUACGAGCAAUUCUCUCAAAUUGCUCCCCCGCCAGUUGAAACUCUCACUUCGACUGACGACCCAUUGUAUCCGAUUGUCUUGACAUACUCGGAUAUGACUCAAGCGACCAUCUACUGCAGCUACUAUGCCUACAUGAUCAUCAUUCACGAAGUUCUGAAAAACUUUGGCUGUUCCGGUCCACAAGCCGCCAUGGUGAUAUACUUCCGUGAUCAAAUUUGUCGAUCGGUUGAAUAUAGUAGUGUCGGUGUCCUUGGUCCCUAUCGACUGGGUUUCCCUCUACGAGUUGCCAUCGAGGUCGCAGAUCCUACGACAAGAUCAUGGAUAUUGGCUCGUCUAUAUCAAUUCUCAAAAGUCUAUGCUGCGUCACAACCCAAGAAUUUUGAGCCCAUUUUGUCAUCAAAUGUCACUUAA